UGUCCAUGGCCACGCAACGAAACUGAGAGGUUGCCAACUGUCGAAGAAUGGCUACAUCACCGUCACAGCUCUAUAAACCUGCCGUCAUUGCAGAGAAGACAGCACAUCCACAUUCAUAGAGGGAAAGAUUCAGAGGGAUCUUCGUUUCGUUUGGUUUGAACAAAUCUUACAACUCGUUUUUGCAGUAAUUUUGGGUUCUCCUUUAUCCACCAACCCCUCUCUCUUUCUCUUUCUCUAUCUAUAGUCUCUAUCCUUGCUUGCCCCUUUUCCCUUAUCUCUCACUUUCAACUCUUCCGCCAUUGGAUCUGGGGUUCCUUCCUCUUCUCAUAAAGCUGCCUUGCAGGCUUAGUCAGUUCCUGGAUUAAAUUGUUUUUAUUUGCUUUUGAAGGAGUGGUGGAGCUCUUGGUUAAUAGAGCUUAAAGAGGAAGAGAAUUUGUUUUGGGGGUUAAUAGUUUCUUCAUUGUUGUCUGAAUCUGUGUAAUGUGCAAUCAUAAAAGGUAUCUGAAUUGGGAAUUGAGUUAUAUUGCAAGCUGUCUUCUUAAUGAUUUAUGGUCUAUUAAGCCCUUAGUACAUUUCAUCUGUUAAGGAGGUCAUUUUGUAUGAUGGGUUGACGUUCAGCAUUAAGUUUCUGGUGGCAGUUUAGAGGAAAUUUUGUAGGGUGACAAGAAGGGAGAAGUUGAAUAGUUUUGUGGCGUUUGGAAUGGAUCGUAGAAGUGCAAGGGAUAAGGAUAUUGAAGUUGAUAUUGAGAGUGGAUUGCCACUAAUUGAAAAUGACUCAAAGAAAGUUAAUAGUCCAAGUACUUCCAAACAAGGAAAGACAUUGUUUGGUAAGAGUUCUGGUGGGCCAAGUUUAUACUGCAAUGAAGCAAAUUUAAGUGAAGUUUCUGUGGAUUUGAUGAAUGCAACAAACAAGGCAAUGAGUGUGCAAGAUUCAGCGAACCAUGCUGAGAAGAUCAUGGUAAAAGAGAAACGUAAAAAGGCCUCUAAUAAAAAGGCUCCAAAACCCCCAAGACCUCCACAAGGUCCUUCUUUAGAUGCAGCUGACCAUAAACUAAUCAGGGAGAUAUCUCAACUUGCCAUGUUGAAGCGCGCGAGGGUGGAGCGUAUGAAAGCCUUGAAGAAGAUGAAAACUGCUAAGUCAUCAUCUUCGAAUAGCAGCAGCAUGUUGGCCAUGGUUUUCACUGCUAUCUUCUGCAUUGUGAUAAUCUUCCAAGCAGGCAUAUCAUCUGGUAAAAGCUCAGUGUCAAGUUUCCAGGGAUCUCCUCUAUCAACAGGAGGAGCAGAGGGGGAUUUGAUUUCUGUUCAGUACCAACUCAACCCAUCAAGUGACCCAAAUGCACCUGGUUCAGAAUCUCACAAUUUUGUACAGAAGGUAGCAGGGUCAGAUUUUCCAGAAGAACUGAGGAAAGAUUCAGGUUAACGGACAAAAAAAUGCCACUACCUGCAUUCACAGAAGGAAAUGAUGGCUUUGUGUUCUUGUGAUUCUCAUGUAAACUCUUGUUUUUCUUUAUGUAGUUGGUAAUUUAUCCCCUUCUUGUAUAUUAAUCAAUGUUGGGGGGUGAGUUAAAUUACCAUAGCAGAGUUGCCAUUGUUCUUCAUUGUCUUGCCGAAAAUGUGAUUUUACUUUUCACCCCCUCAGCAACUGUCUGUUGCUCAUGCUCUCGGUGGAAUUGAGUUAGAACUUUUGCUUUCCAAGCUCACAAAGCUUGAUCCUAAUUAUCAUGUGGUGGGGUCUUUUUGUCACUACUGGUAUAUAAUUGAGUGCUGUAUUACUUUCAUCAAAUAUGGAAUCAAUCGAAUUUGUCACCUGAUUUUUCAGUUUA